CACAUCGAUCCCGACUGGGCCGUAAUACACGUUACUUCCAUGCAGUCACGAAUUUAUGGACGUUUCUGACAUAAAAUGACAGACUACGGCGAGGAGCAAAGAAACGAACUAGAAGCAAUCGAGUCCAUUUAUCCAGACUCAUUUACAGUGCUUUCUAAAGAACCCACAAGCUUCACCAUCACAGUUACCUCAGAUGCAGGAGAAAAUGAGGAGACGGUGGAGGUGACCCUUAAGUUUACAUAUGUGGAGAAAUAUCCGGAUGAGUCACCUCUCUGGGAGAUCGCCUCACAGGAGAACCUGGAGGAUUCAGACACGGAAGACAUCCUAACACUUUUAAAGGAGCAGGCCGAAGAAAACCUAGGAAUGGUUAUGAUAUUCACAUUAGUGACAGCCGUGCAAGAGAAACUCAAUGAAAUAGUUGACCAGAUUAAGAGCCGACGAGAAGAGGAGACUCUAAGAAAAGAAAGGGAGGCUGAAGAAGCUGAGAAGUGUGCAUUCCAAGGCACUGUGGUCACAAUUGAGAACUUCUUAUUAUGGAAAGCAAAUUUUGACCAAGACAUGGCAGAACUAAAUAGCAAAAAGCAGAAAGAUGAAGAGCAGUCAAUAAAGGGAAAACUCACAGGAAAACAGCUCUUUGAGACAGACCAUAAUCUUGACACAUCGGAUAUCCAGUUCCUGGAGGAUGGUGGAAACAGUGUGGAAGUGGACGAGUCACUAUUUCAAGACAUGGAAGAUUUGGACUUGGACGAGGAUGACCCAGAUUUCAACCCGCUGGAUCUGGGCAGUGAUGAAGACUGAAGUGUGUUCCCUUUUAUCAUGAAUAGAAAAUACCAACAGCAGUCUCGUGGAGCAGGGCUUCAGCUCAAACAUUCUGAACAUAAACUUUUCAGUCACUACAACCCAAGAUGAUGCGUAUUUUACAGUAUAUGUCAAAUAUAUCAUAAUUUGUACAAAUAUGCCAUUAAAAUUGAUUGAUCCAUUGACUUGUUCUCCUGCUCUUGGCUUCAUAUACAUGUGAUAAGUUGUCUCUCAUUUGUCUGUAUCACUUAGAAAUAGGCAAAAAAAUCUUUUUUGAGAUUUAACUUUUAUUAACAGUACAAAAAGGCAAAUACAAUUUCUGUGUAUUUAAGCAAAGUCGGGUGCUUUUAUCUUUUGGUUGAUAUAAAAAUAUUUUUUGGUAUAUUUUGUUAUGUCUGCAGUGAGCCUUUAUUGUACAUUUCACCUUAAAAUACAUCAUUUUAUUCACCCUUGAGUUGCUCCAAAUCUAUACAUUUCUAUUUGGAAGAAUGCUUUUAACCAAACAGUUCUGGGGCACUAUUGACUACCAUAGUAGGA